GUCGGUAAAGCAUGAUGUUUUGCCGACGCGGAAAAGUGGCAACCAUGACGUUUUGAGGAGGGACUUCUGUUCUUGGAAAACGUGGACGUCUCCCACAGCUCUCCUGUUCAGAAGGCCUUGUAUAAAAUGCGUCUUCUUCGCCGUCUUGCACCAGACCUAUUUCCCUCAAGAAAGCAAUUUCAUCGCUAUCGUUUCGGGCAGUAAACAAACGCCUGCACAACUCAGCACCUUAGCCACCACUUUAAAUCACCACCAUGUACACGUCAAACUUGCUCACUAGCGCGGCCCUCGCUACUGCCGUCUCUGCCGUCACCCAGUUCACCACGACAGCGACAGUCCCGGGCCUGACCCUCACCCUCCCUGUUGGAGUUGGCACAUCGACUACGUCGACCAUCAAGCCGCACACUGUGACCGGCACGGGGGCAGUCAUCUCUGGAGUGACAGUCAUCGUCGACAGCUCUAGCGUGUACUUUAUCGAUGGUAACAAUUUUGAGUACGGCGCCGCCUCAGGCACCAAUGACUUUAACGGCAUCACCGUCAUCAAUGGAAUGAUCCCCGGUGCUACUGCAACCGGUACAGCGAGCAGCCCUAGCGGCUCCGGGUCAAUGUCGAUGACCAGCAGCGGCACCUCUGCCGUCGUCAUCACGACGGGCUCGACAACCGUCACCACAACCAACUCGAUGGGCAGCACCGUCACAUCUACAGGAGCCGUUACUUCCACCUCGAGGCCCAACGCUGGCGAGAGGGCGUUCGGGUCUGCGCAGAUGUUUGGCUGGGCUGGUGUUGCAGUCGGUGCGGCUGCUGUGGCCAACUGCUAGUGGGCAUGCAUUGUGAGCUUGUGGCUGUGCUGCUUACCCGAAGAAUAAGCAUAAGCAUAACAUCCCGGCGCACAUGUAAAUUAUUCCAAUACCGUCCUACGUUACCACGUGCAUGUGAUACAAGAACCCAACUUUCCCUAAGACACUUAAUUUACAGGCUAAACAGUCAAAUACUGGACGAUACAGACGAGAUUCGGUGAAGUUGCAGGCAAUCAAAAACAAUUAUCUUUCGAUUCGAGUUUUGUCUCGCACAAAUCGGGUCCUGUGUUCUCAAAGUCAUUGCGAAGGUCCUGUACCUUAUGACCAUCGUUCGCAUAUUCAAAUUCUCUGUCCUGGCAAUUGCGCAUGCAAACAUCACAA